AUGAGUUUUGGCAGUCCCGGCGGUCGUUCCGUCAAUAUCAAGCCCACACCGCCUGAACGUGGAAGUUUUCCGCUCGAUCAUGAUGGAGAAUGCAAAUACAUAAUCUCUUCAUAUCUCCGGUGUCUGAAAAAAGGUGGGGGUGUCAAUGAUGAGACCUGUCGCAAGUUAGCUAAGUCCUAUUUAACAUGUCGGAUGGACAACAAUCUGAUGGCGCCGGACAGUUUUGAGAACUUGGGACUUGUGUUUGAUGAGAACAACAAGAAAAAUGUGACGGAGCCUGCUGCUUCUGCAGCCGCGGUGGCACCUUCCGAGAGCAAGAAAUCGUGA